CAUGGAUGGAUUUGGGUAUGUUAUUGAUGCCCAUUUCGAACUAUGUUUCAUUGUUGAAGUUUUGCUUGAAGAAAUGGCGAAUUCGAGAUGACCACUGCUUCAUCCAAAAACUCGUACGUCAAGGACGGAAUUCUAUAUCUAGCACCAACACUAACGGCGGAGGAAAUUGGGAGCGAUAACGUUCUUGGCAACAAUGGUGCUUACAUCUACAAUAUCACUGGCUGCACAUUCAAUGAGACUGCGGUAAAUGGAGGCUUCAUUGCAGAUCCAAAUGGGAGUGGAGGCCAGGUUUUCGACUACGGGGGAUAUUAUGCGGCUUGUUCUGCCACAGCCAACACCACUGCAGGAACGAUCGUCAAUCCAGUGCAGAGUGCCAGGAUCUCCACGUUGAUGAAUGCUCGGAGCGGAUCAGGCAAUGGCAGUACGAAGUAUGGGAGAGUGGAGAUUAGAGCAAAGAUGCCUACUGGAGACUGGCUCUGGCCUGCCUUAUGGAUGCUUCCAGUCAACAAUACGUAUGGACCAUGGCCCCGGUCCGGUGAGAUAGACAUCGUGGAGUCCCGAGGGAACGGGAUAUCGUAUACAGCCAACGGUGCCAACUUCGUGCAAGGGGCUCUCAAUUGGGGUCCCAGUCCACAACUCAACAGUGUAUCAAAAUCCUACUCCUGGUGGUCCAACAAACGCGUACCAUUCAGUAACGAUUUCCAUACGUACGCUCUGGAAUGGACGACGAGCUUCAUUCGGAUUUAUGUCGACACGAGGCUGCACACACUUUUGGAGUAUCGGUUUGACGAGCCAUUCUUUGAGAAAGGAGAUUAUCCGCAGACUAUCGUGAAUGCGAGUACGGGACAGGUGCAGGCGCUGCAGGAUCCUUGGGCUGACCCAACCACUGGGUUGCCAAAGGAGAGUGCAAAAGGGAGAUGGUCGUCACCGUUCGACCAAGAAUUCUACCUGAUUAUGAACGUUGCUGUUGGAGGAGUCAACGGUUGGUUCCCGGACGGACAGGGAAACAAGCCGUGGUAUGACGGAGGUGCAGAUGCCAUGCGAUCCUUUGCUGAAGCACAAUCCCAAUGGUAUCCCACUUGGCCAGAAAAUCUUGACGACAGAGCGAUGGCGAUUGACUACGUGAAGAUGUGGAGGCACUGUGACGGGAAUUGAUGAUUGGUAUGACUGGGAUGCUGAGUCGACGUCCAAGGAUCUAUCAUAUGAUGGACAUUUCCAUUCUUUUGUAAUAUGAGCUCGCGCUACCAUAAAUGCUUCUAGGAUUACUAUUUACACUGCCGACUCUGUGUCUUUCUUUUAAUCAAAGUGUUAUCCAUAAUCUAUGAAAAUGUCUUCUUGUCAGUAAGUGCCCUCGCAGAAAGGUACUACAUGCAAUCAACCAGGAACUACAUAAGUUCGCGGUCAUGCUAAGUGUGCGUCAGGUAAUUGAUUCUGGUGUCCCAAUGUCAAUAUGCUGUCGCCAAGAGCUGCACUGAAUCCAGAAG